AUGACGACGCUUGCAGUUGACCAGAACGCCUCGUCGGCCAUUGACGAGAACGACUUCGACGAGGACCAUGGCGAGCACCACCCCCACAGGAACUCGGUCCACCACAAGCUGCGUGCGAGCAGCUCCAUCAUGCAGCUGAAGAAGCUGCUGGUUGCCAACCGAGGAGAAAUCCCCAUCCGUAUCUUCCGAACAGCGCACGAGCUGUCGCUGCACACUGUGGCCGUCUACAGUCAUGAGGACCGCCUCAGCAUGCACAGGCAAAAGGCCGACGAGGCGUACGAGAUUGGCGCCCGCGGCCAGUACACGCCUGUCGGUGCUUACCUGGCGGGCGAUGAGAUCAUCAAGAUCGCGGUCGAGCACAACGUGAACAUGAUUCACCCAGGCUACGGCUUCUUAUCGGAGAAUGCAGAGUUCGCGCGCAACGUCGAGAAGGCUGGCCUCAUUUUCGUGGGCCCCUCUCCCGACACCAUCGACGCGCUCGGCGACAAGGUCUCGGCGCGAAAACUCGCCGUCAAGUGCAACGUCCCCGUUGUGCCAGGAACCCCGGGACCCGUCGAGAAGUUUGAGGAUGUCAAGGCCUUUACCGACGAGUAUGGCUUUCCCAUCAUCAUCAAGGCCGCUUUCGGCGGUGGUGGCCGUGGUAUGCGUGUAGUACGCGAGCAAGAGACGCUCAAGGACUCGUUCGAGCGCGCCACUUCAGAGGCCAAGUCGGCCUUCGGUAACGGAACUGUCUUCGUCGAGCGCUUCCUCGACAAGCCCAAGCACAUUGAAGUCCAGCUUCUCGGUGACAACCAGGGCAACGUCGUCCAUCUCUACGAGCGUGACUGCAGUGUCCAGCGUCGUCACCAGAAGGUCGUUGAGAUUGCUCCCGCCAAGGACCUCCCAGUUGAGACUCGUGAUGCUAUCCUUGCCGACGCCGUCAGGCUUGCACAGAGUGUCAAGUACAGGAACGCCGGAACUGCAGAGUUCUUGGUUGACCAGCAAAACCGCUACUACUUCAUAGCUAUCCCUAUAGAAAUCAACCCCCGUAUCCAAGUCGAGCACACCAUCACCGAAGAGGUCACUGGUAUCGACAUUGUUGCGGCACAGAUCCAGAUCGCAGCAGGUGCAUCUCUCGAGCAGCUUGGCUUGACCCAAGACCACAUCUCCACACGAGGCUUUGCCUUCCAAUGCCGAAUCACCACAGAAGACCCUGCUCAGAGCUUCGCGCCUGAUACUGGAAAGAUCGAGGUGUACCGCUCUGCCGGUGGUAACGGAGUCCGUCUUGACGGUGGUAACGGUUUCGCCGGAGCCAUCAUCACCCCUCACUACGACUCUAUGUUGGUCAAGUGCUCUUGCCGCGGUUCCACAUACGAGAUCGUCCGCCGAAAGAUGCUCCGUGCUCUAGUUGAGUUCCGUAUCCGUGGCGUCAAGACCAACAUUCCCUUCUUGAUCAAGCUCCUCACACAUCCCACCUUCGUCGACGGACAAUGCUGGACAACCUUCAUUGACGACACUCCCGCUCUCUUCGACUUGAUCGGCUCUCAGAACCGUGCCCAGAAGCUCCUCGCAUACCUGGGUGACCUCGCUGUCAACGGCAGUCAGAUCAAGGGUCAGAUCGGUGAGCCCAAGUUCAAGGGCGUUAUUCCCAUCCCGGCGAUCCACGACAACAACGGCAAGAAGGUCGACACCUCCGCACCUUGCACCGAGGGAUGGAGGAACGUCAUUCUCAAGGACGGUCCCGAGGGAUUCGCCAAGGCUGUUCGCGCCAACAAGGGUUGCUUGAUCAUGGACACCACAUGGCGUGAUGCUCAUCAGUCGCUUCUCGCCACUCGUGUUCGAACUGUUGACUUGCUCAACAUCGCUAAGGAGACCAGCCAUGCCUUCUCCAACGCAUGGGCUCUGGAGUGCUGGGGUGGUGCUACUUUCGAUGUCGCCAUGCGUUUCCUCUACGAAGACCCCUGGGAGCGUCUUAGGAAGAUGCGCAAGCUCGUACCCAACAUUCCGUUCCAGAUGCUCCUCCGCGGCGCCAACGGUGUUGCGUACUCCUCGUUGCCCGACAACGCCAUCUUCCACUUCUGUGAGCAGGCCAAGAAGAACGGUGUCGAUAUCUUCCGUGUCUUCGACGCGUUGAACGACGUAGAGCAGCUUGAGGUUGGUGUCAAGGCCGUCCUCAAGGCUGGUGGUGUCGCUGAGGGUACCGUGUGCUACAGUGGUGACAUGCUCAACCCCAAGAAGAAGUACAACCUGGAGUACUACUUGGAUGUUGUCGACAAGAUCGUCAAGAUGGGAGCGCACAUCCUCGGUAUCAAGGACAUGGCUGGUGUACUCAAGCCCCGUGCCGCCCGUCUCUUGAUCGGUACCAUUCGCGAGAAGUACCCCGAUCUCCCUAUCCACGUGCACACCCACGACUCUGCCGGAACUGGUGUUGCAUCUAUGGUUGCCUGUGCUGAGGCUGGUGCGGACGCUGUUGAUGCCGCUAUCGACAGCAUGUCGGGUAUGACUUCUCAGCCUAGCAUGGGUGCCAUCCUCUCAUCUCUCGAGGGCACCGACUUCGACGCUGGUCUGGACGCACAUAUGAUCCGUAACUUGGACGCAUACUGGGCCCAGCUCCGUCUCCUCUACUCACCCUUCGAGGCCGGUCUUACCGGACCCGACCCCGAAGUCUACGAGCACGAGAUUCCCGGAGGUCAGCUUACCAACUUGAUCUUCCAGGCAUCGCAACAAGGUCUUGGUGAGCAAUGGGCUCAGACCAAGAAGGCGUACGAGCAGGCCAACGACUUGCUCGGCGACAUCGUCAAGGUCACCCCCACUUCCAAGGUCGUUGGUGACUUGGCUCAAUUCAUGGUCUCCAACAAGCUGUCCUACGACGACGUCCUAGCCAAGGCUGACCAACUCGACUUCCCAUCAUCUGUCCUCGAGUUCUUCGAGGGACUCAUGGGUCAGCCAUACGGCGGUUUCCCCGAGCCCCUCCGCUCGCAAGCUCUCCGUGAGCGGAGAAAGAUGGACAAGCGCCCUGGUCUCUACCUUGAGCCCGUCGAUAUUCCCAAGAUCAAGGCAGACCUCAAGGCCAAGUGGGGUGAUGCGACAGAGUGUGAUGUUGCAUCAUACAUCAUGUACCCCAAGGUCUUUGAGGACUACAAGAAGUGGACCACUAAGUACGGAGAUCUCUCCGUCCUGCCCACUCGUUACUUCUUGUCGCGCCCUGAGAUCGGCGAGGAGUUCCACGUCGAACUUGAGAAGGGUAAGGUUCUCAUCCUCAAGCUCCUCGCCAUCGGUCCUCUAUCCGAGCAGACCGGUCUGCGUGAAGUCUUCUACGAGAUGAACGGUGAGACCCGUACCGUCACUGUGGAGGACCAACACGCGGCUAUCGAGAACGUCUCGCGACCCAAGGCCGAUCCCACAGACAGCAGCCAAGUCGGAUCACCCAUGUCCGGUGUUUUGGUUGAGGUCCGCGUCCACGAUGGUAGCGAGGUCAAGAAGGGUGACCCGGUUGCUAUUCUCAGCGCCAUGAAGAUGGAGAUGGUCAUCUCCGCACCACACUCUGGAAAGGUCAGCGGCCUGUCAGUACGUGAGGGUGACUCGGUCGACUCUGGCGACUUGGUCUGCAAGCUCGUCAAGUGA